AUGAAGGGAAGCUUUGCCUCUUCCUACAACUUGUAAUAUUAUUAGUUUCAAAAAAAAUUUUCAAGAUGACUAUUACUUUGAUUUAAGGAAUUUUUUUUUCUGGAAAUACUAAAGUUGGAGUCUACCAGACUGAGGUUAGAAGCAUUUUCUUUGGCAGCAAAACGCUAUUUUUAUAGAAGCCAUGCCUGUUCUUGGGGUUGCCUCAAAGCUAAGACAGCCAGCUGUUGGGUCAAAGCCUGUUCAUACUGCCCUUCCGAUACCAAAUCUUGGCACCACUGGGUCACAUCAGUAUUCUUCAAGAUCUUUGGAACUUACUGGAGCAGAGAGUUCCAUGCUUGCAUGUCAGCUCACAUUAAAGUCAACCUGUGAUUUUGGGGAGAAUAGAACUCUCCCAGGAAAAACGAAGGAGACUGAAGACAGCAAGAUUUACACUGACUGGGCUAACCACUACCUAGCAAAAUCUGGCCACAAGCGCUUGAUUAAGGAUUUACAGCAGGACAUUACAGAUGGAGUACUGCUAGCAGAAAUCAUCCAGAUCAUCGCAAAUGAAAAGGUUGAAGAUAUCAAUGGAUGCCCCAGGAGUCAAUCUCAAAUGAUUGAAAAUGUUGAUGUCUGCCUUAGCUUUCUAGCAGCCAGAGGAGUAAAUGUGCAAGGUCUAUCUGCUGAAGAAAUAAGAAAUGGAAAUUUGAAAGCCAUUUUAGGGUUGUUUUUUAGUUUAUCUCGGUAUAAACAGCAACAACACCAUCAACAACAAUACUACCAGUCUCUAGUAGAGCUCCAGCAACACGUCUCUCACCCUUUGCCACCAGCUGAAGUCGGCCAAUCCAAAACUCAGCCAGAUAUGCAGUCCAGUCUGGCAGCCAGAUAUGCAGCUCAGUCUAAUCACAGUGGGAUUGCAACCAGUCAGAAAAAGGCUUCUAGGCUUCCAGGGCCCUCCAGGGUGCCAGCUGCGGGCAGCAGUAGCAAGGUCCAAGGAGCCUCUAAUUUAAAUCGGAGAAGUCAGAGCUUUAACAGCAUUGACAAAAACAAGCCUCCUCAUUAUGCAAAUGGAAAUGAAAAAGAUUCCUCCAAAGGACCUCAGCCAUCUUCAGGUGUGAAUGGUAACAUGCAGCAUCCCACCAGCACGGGGCAGCAGCCAGCCUCUGCCAUCCCUUCUCCAAGUACCAGCAAGCCUUGGCGCAGCAAAUCCAUGAAUGUCAAGCACAGUGCCACCUCUACUAUGCUGUCUGUGAAGCAGUCCAGCCCUGCCACUUCUCCUACACCGUCCUCAGAGAGGGUGAAGCCCCCUCUCUCCGAAGGGGUCAAACCUCCUUCAUCUGGACAGAAAUCCAUGCUGGAGAAAUUCAAGUUGGUAAAUGCCAGGACUGCUUUGCGACCCCCGCAGACUCCCAAUCCAGUACCCAGUGAUGGUGGACGAGAUGAUGAUGCUUUUUCUGAGUGUGGUGAAAUGGAUGGCUUUAACAGUGGACUGAAUAGUAGUGGGUCAACCAGCAGCAGUCCCAAAGUGUCACCAAAAUUGACCCCACCAAAAGCUGGAAGCAAAAAUCUGAGCAAUAAAAAAUCUUUGCUACCAAAGGACAAGGACGAAAAGAAUAGGGACAAAAACAAAGUUUGUACUGAAAAGCCUGUCAAAGAAGAGAAAGAGCAGGUCCCAGAGACCACAGUGAAGAAAACUUCCAAAAUCGCAAGCUUAAUCCCUAAGGGAAGCAAGACAGCAGCAGCCAAGAAGGAAAGCUUAAUACCAUCCUCAAGUGGGAUUCCCAAACCGGGAUCCAAGGUGCCUACUGCAAAGCAGAGCAUUUCACCAGGAAGUACAGGAAGUAAGGAGUCAGAAAAAUUCAGGACUUCAAAGGGCAGCCAGUCCCAAUCAGCAGCCAAAUCUCAAAUGACUGAAAAGCCCAGCAGCACCUCUAAUUGCAUGGCUCCUUUGGAAGGAAAGGAAUCUAGCCAAGUCAUCACCUCUGGCUCCUGUGCCAUGCCAGGUGGAGGGCAGAGUGCAGGCAAUGGCACUGUCCAGCUUCCCCAGCAGCAAUACAGUCACCCGAACACGGCCACAGUUGCUCCUUUCAUUUAUAGAACACACACAGAAAAUGAAGGUACGUCUAUACCCACUGUGGAAUCCUGCACCAGUCCUACUAAAAUGGAUUUAUCAUAUAGCAAGACUGCCAAACAGUGCCUGGAGGAGAUAUCUGGGGAAGAUCCAGAAACAAGAAGAAUGAGAACAGUGAAAAAUAUAGCAGAUCUGAGGCAGAAUUUAGAAGAGACAAUGUCGAGUCUUCGGGGGACUCAGAUAAGCCACAGCACCCUAGAGACAACAUUUGAUAGCACUGUGACAACUGAAGUCAAUGGAAGAAGCAUACCAAGUCUGACAAGCCGAUCUACACCAGUGACCUGGAGACUGGGUCAAGCUAGUCCUAGACUCCAGGCAGGAGAUGCCCCAUCCUUGGGAGGUGGCUAUCCAAGGAGCAGUGCUAGUCGCUUUAUCCAUACUGACCCCUCCAGGUUCAUGUAUACCACACCUCUCCGUCGAGCUGCUGUAUCUCGCCUGGGAAACAUGUCCCAGAUUGAUAUGAAUGAGAAAGGAAGCAGUGAUCUGGACAUGACUUCAGAAGUAGAUGUUGGUGGUUACAUGAGUGACGGUGACAUCCUUGGGAAAAGUCUCAGAAGUGAUGACAUCAAUAGUGGAUACAUGACAGAUGGAGGACUAAACCUAUAUACUAGAAGUUUGAACCGAAUACCAGACUUGGCAACAUCUCGUGAUGUUAUUCAGAGAGGAGUACAUGAUGUGACCAUUGAUGCAGAUAGCUGGGAUGAUAGCAGCUCAGUAAGUAGUGGACUCAGUGAUACUCUUGAUAAUAUCAGCACGGAUGACCUAAAUACUGGAUCCUCUGUCAGUUCUUACUCCAACAUGACAGCUCCUUCAAAGAAGAACACUCAGCUGAAGACAGAUUCAGAGAAGCGUCCUGUAGCAGAUGACACCUGGGACAGCACAGAGGAGCAGAAGAAAGCAGAGGAUGAAUUCGAUGGUCCUGUAGAAGGUAGCAACAAGUGGAAAGCUCUUCCCCCAGGGCUGUCUGAAGAGUCUGAGAAAGGAGGGCAGAAGACGGCUCUGUCAGUUUCACAGACUGGGUCUUGGCGACGGGGCAUGUCUGCUCAAGGAGGGACUCCAUCCAGGCACAAAGCCGGAGCCAGUGGCCUCAAGACUCCUGGAAAAACAGAUGAUGCUAAAGCUUCUGAGAAAGGGAAAACAGCCCUUAAAGGGACAUCUAUACAACGCUCUCCUUCAGAUGCAGGAAAAAGCAGUGGAGAUGAAGGGAAAAAGCCCCCCUCAGGCAUUGGAAGGUCAACUGCAACUGGGUCAUUUGGAUUUAAGAAGCCAGGUGUUGCAUCAUCUACUAUUAUUACUACAAGUGGAGCAACUAUCACCAGUGGUUCUGCAACACUGGGUAAAAUACCUAAAUCAGCAGCCAUUGGUGGGAAAUCCAAUGCUGGAAGAAAAACUAGUUUAGAUGGCUCACAAAAUCAGGAUGAUGGCGUGCUUCACAUGAGUUCAAAGACAACACUUCAGUAUCGAAGCUUACCCCGCCCUUCAAAAUCUAGCACAAGUGGCAUUCCUGGCCGGGGUGGACACAGAUCCAGUACCAGCAGUAUUGAUUCAAAUGUGAGUAGCAAAUCUGGAGGUGCCACUGCUACCAAGCUGAGAGAGCCAACCAAGAUUGGUUCUGGGCGUUCCAGUCCUGUCACCAUCAAUCAGACAGACAAGGAAAAGGAGAAGGUGGCAGUGUCAGAUUCAGAAAGUGUUUCUUUGUCAAGUUCUCCCAAAUCCAGCCCAACUUCUGCCAAUGCAUGUGGAACACAAGGACUGAGGCAACCAGGUUCCAAGUAUCCUGAUAUCGCCUCACCUACAUUUCGAAGGUUGUUUGGUGCCAAGGCAGGUGGCAAAUCUGCCUCUGCACCUAAUUCUGAGGUUGUGAAAUCCUCAUCAGUAAUGCCCAGUCCUAGUACCACAUUAGCGCGACAAGGCAGUCUGGAGUCUCCAUCGUCGGGUACAGGCAGCCUGGGCAGCGCUGGUGGGCAGAGUGAAGGCAGCAGCCCUCUCUUCAAUAAACCCUCAGACUUAACGACAGAUGUUAUAAGCUUAAGCCACUCGUUGGCUUCCAGCCCAGCAUCGGUUCACUCUUUCACCUCAGGUGGUCUCGUGUGGGCUGCCAAUCUGAGCAGCUCUUCUGCUGGCAGUAAGGACACGCCAAGCUACCAGUCAAUGACUAGUCUCCAUACAAGCUCUGAGUCUAUUGACCUCCCUCUCAGCCAUCAUGGCUCUCUGUCUGGAUUAGCUACAGGCACUCAAGAGGUUCAGAGCCUGCUCAUGAGGACUGGUAGUGUGAGAUCUACUCUUUCAGAAAGCAUGCAGCUUGACAGAAAUACGCUGCCCAAAAAGGGACUAAGAUACACCCCAUCGUCCCGGCAGGCCAGUCAAGAGGAGGGUAAAGAAUGGCUACGAUCUCACUCAACUGGAGGCCUGCAGGAUACUGGUAACCAGUCACCCCUUGUUUCCCCUUCUGCUAUGUCAUCCUCAGCAACAGGAAAAUACCACUUUUCCAACUUAGUCCAUGGGUCUUCGUUAUCACUGGUUUCAAGCACAUCUUCUCUCUACUCUACUGCUGAAGAAAAAGCACAUUCUGAGCAAAUUCAUAAACUAAGGAGGGAGCUGGUCGCAUCACAAGAAAAGGUUGCAACCCUCACAUCUCAGCUUUCAGCAAAUGCCCAUCUCGUAGCAGCUUUCGAAAAGAGCUUAGGGAAUAUGACUGGUCGACUACAAAGCUUAACCAUGACAGCAGAACAAAAGGAGUCUGAACUUAUUGAACUAAGGGAAACCAUAGAAAUGUUGAAAGCUCAGAAUUCUGCUGCACAAGCCGCCAUUCAGGGAGCACUUAAUGGCCCCGAUAAUCCCCCAAAAGAUCUUCGUAUUAGAAGGCAGCAUUCCUCAGAAAGCGUGUCCAGUAUCAACAGCGCUACAAGUCAUUCCAGCAUUGGCAGUGGUAAUGAUGCUGACUCUAAGAAAAAGAAAAAGAAAAACUGGGUGAACUCUAGAGGAAGUGAGCUGAGGAGCUCAUUCAAACAAGCUUUUGGGAAGAAAAAGUCCACCAAGCCUCCUUCCUCGCAUUCUGACAUUGAAGAACUGACUGAUUCAUCCCUGCCAUCAUCACCGAAGCUGCCCCAUAGCGCUGGUGACUGUGGGUCAGUAUCCAUGAAGCCUUCACAAUCAGCUUCUGCGUCAUCUCUUGUGUGGGCACCAAAGAAACGACAAAAUGGCCAUGUGAUCUACAAGCACAGAUCCCGGAUAUGUGAAUGCACAGAAGCAGAAGCCGAGAUUAUCCUGCAGCUAAAGAGUGAGCUCAGAGAGAAGGAGCUAAAAUUAACAGAUAUCCGUCUAGAAGCUCUCAGUUCUGCCCACCAUCUUGACCAGAUUCGGGAAGCCAUGAAUCGAAUGCAGACUGCUAUAGAAGAAGAAAAAUUCAGUGGUUGUAUUUUAAUAGCUGUGCUUAAUAAUUACAGAGAUAGUCUAAGCAGUAAUACAGCUGGAAAUAUUUUGCUGGAUGAUGCUACUGAUGCAACUCUCCAUAAAGAUGGUCGCAGCGUGAAAAUUAUAGUAUCUAUAAGCAAGGGCUAUGGUCGAUCAAAGGAACAGAAGCCUCAGGCAUACUUAAUAGGAUCCAUUGGUGUCAGUGGAAAAACCAAGUGGGAUGUUUUAGAUGGUGUAAUUAGACGUCUCUUCAAGGAGUAUGUGUUCCGAAUUGAUACAUCCACUAGUCUUGGUUUGAGCUCUGACUGUGUCGCUAGCUACUGUAUAGGGGAUUUAAUUAGAUCCCAUAGUCUAGAAGUGCCUGAAUUGCUGCCUUGUGGAUAUCUUGUUGGCGAUAAUAACAUCAUCACUGUGAACCUUAAAGGGGUAGAAGAAAACAGUUUGGACAGCUUUGUUUUUGAUACAUUAAUCCCAAAACCAAUUACCCAAAGGUACUUUAACUUGCUGAUGGAGCAUCACAGAAUUAUCCUAUCAGGACCAAGUGGCACUGGAAAGACAUAUUUAGCUAACAAACUUGCUGAAUAUAUAAUAACCAAAUCUGGCAGGAAAAAAACUGAAGAUGCUAUUGCUGUGUUUAAUGUGGACCACAAAUCAAGUAAGGAAUUGCAACAGUACCUAGCUAACCUGGCUGAACAAUGCAGUGCUGAUAAUAAUGGUGCAGACCUACCUGUAGUAAUUAUUCUUGAUAAUCUCCACCAUAUUGGCUCUUUAAGUGACAUCUUCAAUGGUUUCCUCAACUGCAAGUAUAACAAAUGUCCCUAUAUUAUUGGAACAAUGAAUCAGGGAGUUUCAUCAUCUCCAAAUCUAGAAUUGCAUCACAAUUUCAGGUGGGUACUCUGUGCUAACCACACAGAACCAGUAAAAGGCUUUCUGGGUAGAUACCUGCGGAGGAAAUUGAUCGAGACUGAAAUAGAGAGAAAUAUGCGCAACAGUGACCUCAUCAAAAUUAUAGAUUGGAUUCCUAAAACAUGGCAUCAUCUGAAUAGCUUUUUGGAAACACACAGUUCUUCCGAUGUGACCAUUGGUCCUCGUCUUUUCCUCUCUUGUCCUAUGGAUGUAGAGGGAGCCAGGGUGUGGUUUACUGAUCUCUGGAACUAUUCCUUGAUACCAUAUCUUCUAGAGGCAGUGAGAGAAGGUCUUCAGAUGUAUGGUAAACGAGCACCAUGGGAAGAUCCCACCAAAUGGGUACUUGACACAUACCCAUGGAGCUCUGCCUCACUGCAACAAGAAAGCCCAGCCUUACUUCAGUUGAGACCAGAAGAUGUCGGUUAUGAAGGUUGUACAUCUGCAAAGGAAGGGACAACCUCCAAGCACAUUCCACAGACGGAGACAGAGGGAGAUCCUUUGAUGAAUAUGCUAAUGAAGCUCCAAGAAGCCGCCAAUUACUCCAGCACGCAAAGCUGUGACAGCGAUAGCACCGGCCACCAUGACGACAUUUUAGACUCCUCCCUUGAAUCCACUCUCUAA